UUCCAGAUUUUAUAUAGUUAUAUAUCAGCCAAAUGUUGUCCUAUGCUAAUAAACCAUAUAUCAAUGGAAAGCUGAUUUAUUAAAAUAAAGAGAGACCUUUAUGGCAGGUUUUGGGGUCGAGGGUUAAAUAAUCAUUAUGCAGUUCAUUAAUCCUCCUUUUCCUACAGUUAUUGAAAAGCGUCAUAUCAGUCUUCUUGAGGGGUUUUGGGUUAACAGGAUGAUUGACUUGCUAUUAAGAUGCCUCACACAUGCAGGUCAAGUCUAGGCCAUCUGCUUCUUAAAACAGAGCCACUCACCUAAAGUCUACAGAGUGUGAUUUGACCUCCUUAAUUACCAAGAUGGCUUAAGCUGAUCAGAAAUCUGGAUGAAGGAAGUGUGUUUGUUGGGGAUCAGUCUCCACCCCCCUUCACCUCUGACCAUCUGGAGAAGAUCCUGAAGAGACGACGGCAUCAACCCCAAGAGCUCAGUUCAUCGCCAGACCCCAAACCCUACGCAUGGUCCCUUAAAGUGCAGAUAGUGACCUGUUGCCUCUAUCGGCUGACCCACUGACCAAUAGGGCAAGAUGGCCCGGGAUAUGUCUGACAAGGAGAUCCUGAAAAUGGAGCUGGAACAGCUUCAGAAGGAGGCGAAGAACACUAGAGAGCCUGUCUCUAAAACCGCAAAGGAGAUCUGUGAAUGGGUUGAGACCCAAUCUGCAGAAGAUCCACUCGUAAAAGGAGUUCCUGAGGACAAAAACCCAUUCAAGGAGAAGGGUGGAUGCAUUAUAACGUAGCCCAUGUGAUUUCUUGUGGAAAAACUUUAUAAGAGUGUUUUAAGUGUGUGUGUAAACCACAUUGUGCUUAGUUUUAGCAUCUCUGCAUGAAUUAGAAACUGUAAGAUUUGAACCAAGGCUUGAGUCAUAUUUGGUUCAUGCUGAAUGUACUAUUUAUUAAGCAGCCAUCUUCAACUAUUCGUAAAUAAAUCAGGCAAAUUAGGAGAAUAACUAUUCACACUGCAUCCCAAAGAAUGCACAAUUCUUUCAUUACAUAUGACAUGCCUCAUGGUAUUAAUUAAACAUUCAGUAGCCAUUC